AUGGGUCUUACCGAACACGUGCCGUUGCCGACGGAUGAGGCAAAGGCCAAAGAGCUCGAGUCGCAGCAAAGUGACGAGCCGGAUAGGUCAGUUUUAAGGCGGCUAUAUCUCAGCUCUCGAUAAGGGUAUCAAAAAAUUGUCAAUUGAUGAAAUGCACAAAAUGUCUAUGUACACAUUUUAUUAGUAGACGACUUUUUCAUAUCUCUACAGACUGCUAAGAUAUAUUGACUUGAAUUUGAGCCUUGAACAAAACUAGUAAGAACUUGAACUAGUAAGAAGCUGGUCCCGAAAAUGUACCCAAAAUCUUUGGAAUUUUUACUCUGACUAUAUUUUGUAACAUUAAGCUGGCUGUACCUUGUUGUGCUCCUCUAUAAUAACUUCAAGUUUACAACUAGUCUAGACAAAACGUUGCUACCAAUUUCUCAACGUUUCAGAGGUCAAUGGACGGGAAAAUUCGAUUUUCUCAUGAGCAUGGUGGCCUACGCUGUCGGUCUGGGAAACGUGUGGAGAUUCCCGUACCUUUGUUACAAGUGAGCUCCCCCUCGUUUCGUUUUCCACAAAACUCUUCCAGAAACGGUGGUGGCUCGUUUCUCGUCGUCUACGCCAUCUUCUUCUGUCUCGCCGCCGUGCCCAUCUUCAUAAUGGAGGUGACAAUUGGACAGUACUUGCAAAAAGGCGCGAUGGAGAUGUGGUUGAUGUGUCCGCUGUUCCGCGGCGUCGGCAUCGGCAACGUCGUCAUCGCGUUCAUGUGCAUCGCCUACUUUUGCGUGAUCGUCGCGUGGGCCAUGUUCUACAUGAUCGCCUCGCUCAACUCGACGUUCCCCUGGGAGACGUGCACCAACUACUGGAACGACGCGACGUGUCUGACGGGCAAAGAGAACGCGACAGAACUCGCGCGGAUCAAGGCGUUCGCGAUGAGCACCGGCGAGCACACACAGACUUCUGUGGAGCAGUUCUGGGAGAAGCGAGUGCUUCAGGACACUGGUGACAUUGCCGAGUUCGGAGGAAUUCAGUGGGAACUCUUCUUUAUUAUGGCCGCCGCGUGGAUUAUCGUCUAUUUCGCACUGUGGAAGGGUAUUACCCAGGCGAGAAAGGUUCGUGUGGAGGCUGAUCAACAUCUUAUAAUCCUUCUUCUUCUUCUUCUUCCAGUUUGUUUACUUCUGCGCCCUCUUCCCCUACGUCUUGAUCUUCAUCCUGCUCGUCCGUGGUCUGACGCUCGACGGCGCCGCCGACGGAAUCUACUUCUAUCUCAAACCGAACAUGACGAGAUUGGCGGACACGGCUGUCUGGAAGGACGCCGGCACCCAGGUCUUCUACUCGUACGGCGUCGGCUUCGGAGCCCUCAUCGCCCUUGGCUCGCACAACAAAUUCGAUCACAACUGCUUCAAAGACGCGAUCACGAUGUGUUUCAUCAACGGAUGCACGUCCAUCACCGCCGGAUUCGCCGUUUUCUCGAUUCUCGGAUACAUGUCGCACAUUGCGCAGAAGGACAUUUCAGAGAUUGUGAAACCAGGUUCGCGCAUCCUUAACUCGAACAUUUUUCAAUCGGAAAACGGGUUUGUUCAGGUGUCGGAUUGGCGUUCCUGGCGUAUCCGGAAGUGGCCUCGAAUCUUCCGAUGAAGCAAGUGUUCGCCGUGCUCUUCUUCCUCAUGAUUACCAUUUUGGGACUGGAUUCUCAGGUGUGUAUGGUCGAGGGACUGUUCACAGCGCUCGAAGACGCGUUCCCAGUGCUCAGAAAACACAAAAAACUCUCUCUCGGCAUCACCUGCUUUUUCUUCUUCUUGCUCGGAAUUCCCAUGGUCACCUAUGUAAGUACACAAUUUCACAACACUAAGCGAGAAGGUACAAAUUUGAACAUUCCAGUCCGGCUCUCACUGGCUCACUCUAUUCGACGCUUACGGAGCCUCCGGCUACGCUCUGCUCUUCGUCGUGUUCUUCGAGGUUGUCGGUCUCGCGUACGGCUUCGGCGCCCACAAUAUCCGUCACGCUCUUCGUGAAAUGAUCGGAAUCAAUCUGCCAGUCUGCAUUGAAUACAUCUGGAAGUUUUGCGCGCCCGCCACCAGUCUGGUGCUCUUCGUCUUCUGCAUCGUCUACUAUCAUCCGGUCAAGUAUCCGACCGGCGAGGACUUUCCGCUUUGGGCCAAUGUGUUCGGAUGGUUCUUGUCGUCGUGUUCUAUGGUUGUGAUUCCCGGUUACGCCAUAUAUUAUCUUCUUUUCACGAACACACAUCUCACUUUCAAAGAGGUUGGCGCUAUCUUUAUGAUAUUAUGCUCUUACAAGUCCGUUUUCAGCGCGUCCGCAAAGGUCUCAAUCUCGACGGCUCGUUCGAAUCGCCAGCGAAACGAAACCUUCCGAACGGCGAAGAGUUGAAAUUCAUCGAAUCAACGCAACAAUAA